AUAAAGACCAUUUUCCAAAAGAGGACUCAUUGAAGAUUUGUGUAGUCUGCUAAUACAUGUAUUCGAUCUUGAUCUUGCCAGUCUCAGUUGACAGUUGUUGACAAGAGGAUCCUGAACAAUUAUUGAGUUACAUCAUCAUUUAUGUACUAACGGACAGUGUAUUUGUAAGAGAUUUAGAUCCAAUGAUUUGGAAUUAUCUGAAGAGGGUCUAACGUUAGGAUAGAUUGACCAGAUUUUGAUUUGCAACAUGGAAUUGGAAGGAAAAUCAGAAUGGAGAGUUCCAGGGAAUAUGGUCUGUGCAGGACUUGUUCUUGGUGCUAGUUUGGUAAUAUUUACCAAACUGAAGUUCAGAGGUGCUGCAUAUAGAAGUGUUACCAAGCUGACAGGAAAGACGGCCAUUGUGACAGGUGCAAAUACAGGAAUAGGGAAGGAGACUGCCCUUGAUUUUGCUCGCCGUGAAGCGAGAGUAAUCCUUGCUUGCCGUGAUAUUUCAAAGGGUCAAAGAGCAGUUGAACACAUCAGACAUUAUACUAAUGCAGGGGAACUAGUCGUGAUGAAGUUGGAUUUGGCAUCACUGAAGUCAGUAAAUGCUUUUUGUGAUGAAUUCUGUAACAAAAUUGGCAGACUGGAUAUCCUUGUCAACAAUGCAGGUGUGUUUUACACUCCAUAUAUGAAGACAGAAGAUGGCUUUGAAAUGCAAUUUGGAGUCAACCAUCUUGGACACUUUCUCCUGACAAAUAGACUUCUAAAUGUUCUAAAGGCUUCUUCACCAUCUCGUGUGAUCAUCGUGUCUUCUGCUCUCCAUAAGCGAGGGCAUCUUGAUUUUUCAAAGCUUAAUCCAGACGAAAAAGAAUACAACAAGGCCAAGUCUUAUGCUGAUAGUAAGCUUGCCAACGUCCUGUUUGGGAAGGAGCUGAGCAGACGACUCAGUGGCCAAGGCGUCACCUCUUACACCUUACAUCCAGGUGUAAUCAACACGGAACUUUCACGUUAUCUUGGAUAUUCCAAAGCUUUCUGGGCUGCUACGUUCCCACUCCGAUGGCUCUUCAUGAAAUCUCCCUGGUACGGAGCUCAGACUACCAUUUACUGUGCUGUUGCUGAGGAGCUCAAGGAAGUAUCUGGGAAAUAUUAUGGCAACUGCAAAGAAGAACCUUACCCAGAGGUUAGAGGACCAGCUGAUGAUGCUGUUGCUACUAAACUUUGGGAGGUUAGCGAAAGGCUGACAGGACUUUCAUCUGAGUGAUGUUAUGUUGAAGAGAGACAUCAAUUCAUAUCUGGGUGCAUGAAACGAAACCCCAAUAUUCUGUAUUAAGUGUAAAUAUUUCAUUUUAUAAGGUUUAUGAUAGUUGUGCAUCUAUGACAUGCAAGUUGCUGAAGCAUAUUCUGUUAUUGUUGUGAAUUGAUAGAGCAUUUGUCUCAAUAUAUUUGUCAUUUUUAAAAUCGUCACUUUUUGCUGUAAAUUUUGAAUGUUUACACUGAAGUAGAUUUUUCUUUGCUGACAUAUUUUUGGAAUCAAGUCAUACAGUCGAUGGAGUUAAAUACUGCAUAAUAUAGGCCUACAUUGGACAAAUUUAAUCAUGGACCUACUAGGUCCAUGAUUUAAUUAAUGACUCACCUGUAGACAAUAUGGCCCAUAUUCUGAAGUCGGGUUUAACUUUGACAAUGGUUUAACUCUGCUAAAAUUAUAGGGAGCCGA